UUAAGAAGCCUAAGAAACAGAGUCCUCAAGUGCAAGAGGCAACACACAGGGCACAAGCGGCAACACACAGGGUGUAAGCGGCAACACACAGGGCGCAAGCGGCAACACACAGGGCACAAGCGGCAACACACAGGGUGCAAGCGGCAACACACAGGGCACAAGCGGCAACACACAGGGUGCAAGCGGCAACACACAGGGCGCAAGAGGCAACACACAGGGCGCAAGCGGCAACACACAGGGCGCAAGCGGCAACACACAGGGCACACGGCAACACACAGGUGCAAGCGGCAACACACAGGGUGCAAGCGGCAACACACAGGGUGCAAGCGGCAACACACAGGGUGCAAGCGGCAACACACAGGGUGCAAGCGGCAACACACAUGUGCAAGCGGCAACACACAGGGUGCAAGCGGCAACACACAGGUGCAAGAGGCAACACAUAUGCCAUCACACAACAGAGUUUACACACAGGUAUAAGAAACAGCUUGAAAAAAUGACAUGCACAAGGACGUCAUUUUGAAAAUGAUGGAAGGAGUUGUGGCACAUCCAUAUGAUUAUGAGGUCGAACCAUCUUGGACGCUCACACCAGGAAACACAUGAACGGCAAUCACAUCAUGAAAGAAUAGAGCAAUUGCCACACAUCAUGAAGUUCAACUUGGUCACACCUUAUUGGUACGGUUGGCUGAAGGACAGAGGGAGGAUGAUAAAGGACCCAGUAACCACACAUCAGAGUCAACAAUGGAAUCGUUAGAACUCAUUGCACAGACAUCAAUUUGUUGGGUGACCGGCUCGUAUGAUGCACAUGACACUCAAAAAAGAACAACAUGUCAACAACAUUAGUAUCUGUCUACAACAGGACAACAUAACAUCUCCAAAUAAGCAUUUCAUACCGCACAUCAAACUCAAGUCGAUGCUUUAAUUGUACGCAACAUGGCAUAAAAUAACAAAUACCUUCUGCAUGAAAUACUUAUGUGGAGAUGGAACUUUACUGUCUCUAAUUUGUUUUUCUCCAUUACAUGAUUUCGCUUUUUUAGCAAGUGUUCAAAAUUUUGCUUUGGUGUCCAUCAUGUCCAGGCUUCCCUGAUGUUGACAAACUUCCUUGCUGUCAUAACCCUGUCUAACACUUAAUAUCUUUUCAGAUGGUUAGUACAGAGACUAUGCAUGCUUGCAUGACAUUAGUAGGGUAACUUACAAAUCACGCAAGUUUCGACCCCCAUGCACAGAAUUUUCCAUAAUAUAUAGGCAGAUCAGUGCUAGUAGAAUGUAUAAUUGCUUUUGAAAAGAGCUGGUUUCUCAAGUUGCUUAUAUCAGUUUUUUCUGUCGAAAUAUCUGACAUUCCUCGACAGGAUUCAGUAAGUUGCCUGUUAGGAAUUUUUUUAAACCGUCUUAUCAUCCCCCCUCGGCCAAUAUCAUGUUCUUCAGGCCAGAAAAAUCCACAGUGCCCUCGACAAAGGGCUACAUUGACUUAUCACAUGACAACCGCAAAGUUUCCAACGUGCAACUCCAAUUGAAUUCACAAUUUGUAAAAGUGUUCUGCGCCUUCAAACAUUGUCAAACCCAUGAGUUGCGCUCUUUGAUAGCUGCAUGUGUGAAUAUUUUGCAACUUGAGAUAUUUUGACAGAGAAGGACCUGUUUAAACUGACUACCCGCUGCUCAGGAUGCUUUUAACAAUCAUUCCUUGCUAUGAUCUAAUCAUUAUCAUCCACUAGGUUUGGAAAAUAUUUGCCUGUUUGUGUAGCAUAAUACAUAACAUCUGUCAUUCCUCAUUCUUCUUCAGUUUUGAAACAUUUUCACUUACAGAUACAUGUAAUACAUUUGCAUCAUGAACCCCUUUAACCCUUUUGCUACCGCACCUGGUGCACCCGGUAUUUACCGGGUCCGUACACUGCAUACUAUUGAUCGGCAGUAAUAUGUACUGCCAAAUUAUCCCCAAGUUCCGCAGCUGAUAAUACACAUUCUGGGGCGGGUUCUACGGCUGUAAAAUUCAUGCAAGUGAUGAAACCAAAAUGUUGAAUCCGUGGGUCUGCGUGUAUAAACAGAGUAGGCAGAGCAUUAGGUAGUAAAUCAAUCAAUCCUUACUUAGCUACAGUCCCAGUCACUAUUGACAUCCCUUCUGCUUUGUGUAACCUGUGCAUGCUGAGUUAUGCACAAAUUGCAGCUGGCUAUAACCGAUAUUCACAGUGUUUCCAACAAAGAUUUUGCAAACGCCUAAAUAAUAUUGAAUGGUUUCUGGUAGAUUUUGCAAGCAUCACACCUUUGCUAAAGUUUCAUUCGUUCUUUCAUCACAGGUUGUGACAGAAAAUGUGAGUUAUCCAAUGCUUGACUCUAAUCCUUUUCUGGUCUUUAGCUCAGUCUAGCGUG